GAGAUCAGAAACGUCUCGGUCUAUACCUAUUGUUCCAUAUCCACCAUAUCCAAAGCAUACUGAUAUAGUCAAGAUGACUCCACUAAGCAAUAUCAUUGUCGUUUCUGCACUUACAGAGGACCUGAAAUGUGGCCAGUAUGCAAUAGAGUGUACAGAACAAUGUGAUGUCCUGGUGGAAAAUGCUACCAAGACCAAGUUCUGGUUUGACUCGAAGUCGCUCUCCGACGAAGUAAUUCGACGGAUUAGCAGUGUCCGGCUCAUCACUGAAUCCCACGACCAAGGACAUGUGGAUACCCCUUAUGGUGGUAAUUGGACAUGGUUUGAGCUCCGCAUCCGCAGAGGCAGCACCAGUGGUAGUCAGGAAGGGGGGAAGAAUCUUUAUGAAGACUGAAUAUAGGGUUAAGGUUAGGCUAAUAUUUCAUGAAAACAAAUUUACUUUUUUAUA